CCUCCAUCUUCAUCUUCUACCUCUGCACUUCUGCUAAAACCCUCGCCGCGUUAAACCCUAAUUUGUAAUAAACUAAUUCCAUGGCUGCUCUUACGCGUAACAAGAAGAAUAGGACAAAUUCACAGACCCCUCCACUGAAUAAGCGGACCAAGUCGUCUCCAAUGAAGAAGCCGGCGAAAUCUCAGAAGCCUCCGUUGAAGAAGCAGAGGAGAUGUAUCCCGGAGGAGAAGCCUGAAGUUUCUACAGAUGAGGAAGAAGAAGAGGAAAUUGAACAGUCCAAUCAAGGAGAUGAAGGGUCUGAAUCAGGUUCUGACUUUUUCUCAGAUAGUGAUGGUGAAGAAGGAAACGAUGAUGAUGAUGCAGAGCUCUUGGGUGGCGACUUGCUUGAUGGUAGCGAUGACGAGGAGGGAACUUUGGGUUCUGAUUUGGAUUCUGACUCUGAUGAAUCCGAUAUUGAGGUAAAAUCUAGAGCUAUUGAUAAAAAACGUAAAAAGGAGGAAAAAGAUGCAAAAGAUGAAUUCACAAUGAACAUUAAGGAACAGCCUGAUGAGUUUCAGCUACCAACCAAAAAGGAACUUGAAGCAGAGGCACGUGGGCCACCAGAUCUUCCUAGCUUGCAAAUAAGGAUUAGAGAGAUUGUUAGAGUGCUGUCGAAUUUUAAGGAUUUGAGGCCAGAUGGAGCCAAGAGGACAGAUUAUGUUGACCAGCUUAAAGCUGAUCUUUGUUCUUGUUAUGGCUAUAAUGAGUUCCUUAUUGGAACUUUGAUUGAGAUGUUUCCUGUUGUUGAACUCAUGGAACUAAUUGAAGCUUUUGAAAAGAAAAGGCCUACCUCUAUACGUACCAACACUCUUAAGACUCGGAGACGGGAUCUGGCUGAUGUACUUUUGAACAGAGGAGUUAAUCUAGACCCAUUAAGCAAGUGGUCAAAAGUUGGACUUAUCGUUUAUGAUUCACAAGUUCCGAUUGGUGCAACUCCUGAAUAUUUGGCUGGUUUCUAUAUGUUGCAAAGUGCUAGUUCCUUCUUGCCGGUGAUGGCCCUUGCUCCUCAAGAAAAAGAGCGAGUUGUGGACAUGGCUGCGGCACCUGGUGGUAAAACGACUUAUGUUGCUGCACUAAUGAAGAAUACAGGCAUAAUAUAUGCGAACGAGAUGAAAGUACCUAGGCUUAAGUCACUUUGUGCCAAUCUGCAUCGCAUGGGAGUGACAAAUACCAUAGUUUGUAACUAUGACGGAAGAGAGCUAUCCAAGGUUUUAGGUCAGAACUCGGUUGAUAGAGUAUUGCUGGAUGCUCCUUGCAGUGGAACUGGAGUUAUAUCAAAAGAUGAAUCGGUUAAAACUUCCAAAAGUGCUGAUGACAUAAAUAAAUUUGCUCAUUUGCAAAAGCAACUUAUACUGAGUGCGAUUGAUUUGGUAGACGCCAAUUCCAAAACUGGUGGAUAUAUUGUUUAUUCAACAUGCUCCAUUAUGAUUCCCGAGAACGAAGCUGUUAUCGAUUAUGCCCUUAAAAAGAGGGAUGUUAAAGUCGUUCCAUGUGGACUUGAUUUUGGCCAACCAGGAUUUAGCAGUUUUAGAGAACAGCGGUUCCACCCUUCUGUAGAGAAGACUAGACGUUUCUAUCCCCACGUACACAACAUGGACGGAUUCUUUGUUGCAAAGCUGAAGAAGAUGAGCAAUGCAAUGCAGCCUACAGAAACUGAUAAGCCAGUUGAAACAAUGGGGAAAGCUCAGGUGUCGUCUAGCGAUGAUGAUGAAGAGGCUGAGGCCAUUGAGGAGUUGAAGAAACCUUCUGUUGCAAAUGGGCAACCCAAGCGAGAGAGUAACACAAAAGAAUACAAGAACAGACAAAAAUUUCCAAGGUCAAAGGAGACUCACAAAGGCAAAAGGAAUACAAGCAUAAAAAGCGAAAGUGGUUGUGGUACUGUGGAAGAACCAAGGAAGCAAAAGAAGAAGAGAUCACAAGGGAAGAAUGAAAUUGCUCAAGCUAGGGAAGAGAAAAGAAAUGCCAUGAGAGAGAAUGCUAUGGACAGGCCAAAGCACAGAAAAUAAGAUUAGGUUCGGGUUGCAUCUUGGAUAACAACUCAAAGAGGGAGAAUCUUUCGGUGUUAUAGUCACGGUGAAGUACACAAGAAAGGAGAGGCUUCAAUGGCUGAGGGUAAGGUUACCGUUGCAGUAUACAACAAUGGCUUUGUAAUUUUUGACUAGUUACCAAGUAAACACCAAAACAGCUAGAAACUAUGGGAAAGACAGAGUAACACUCACAUGGAUAAGUUUCUUUUGUUGUUGUUUUUUUUUUUCUCCUUGUUUUCAAUGUGGAGUUGUAAAUUAAUUGAAGGGAAAAUGAGGUCUUAAAAUGGCAAAGUGUUUGAAAGGCUA